GAGUAAAAUGAAACGACGCAGAAGUUUGAAAUGCAGAUUGGGUGACAAAGAAAGAAGAGAAAAAUGUUAUGGGUAUGAGACAAUGAUUAGAUAGAAGUGCAUUUCAGUAAAUAAGGGGAGAUCCAGGGGCGUAGAUAUGAAUACACUAGUACAACUGGAACCGAACCCAAUUAAGAAAAUAAAAAAUUGGAAUUAUAUUAAAAGCGGAAUAAAUAAAAAGAGCCAGAAAAUGUAUAUUCAUUACAUAAUUUACAUUACAGCAUCACUUUCUCACACAUAACACAAAGCUGUCUGUCGGUCAAGCUUUCUCGAGCGGAGCGGUGGUCAAUAUCCAAUGAAGAAAGACGGAACUCCGCCGCCCGUCGCCGCCGCCGUCAACCCCGUCACCAAAAUCUUCCUCUGCUUCGAGACCAAGUCCUUCCUCGCCACAUUGCUCGGCCUCACUCUCGUCGUCGUGGUCUGGAAUCUCCAGCCCUACUACGACAACAUCCUCUCCACCACCCGCUGCGCCGCCGCCGCGUCUCAGCCUAUAAUAAAGCCCGCCCCCCUCUCCGAGAAGAAGCUCGCCGUCGCGGAUCCCAACAAGCGCACCUUCCAAGCCUACGGCAGCGCCGCCGCCCUCUUCGUCCAAAUGGGCGCCUACCGCGGCGGCCCCGCCACCUUCUCGGUGGUGGGACUGGCGUCGAAGCCCAUCCACGUGUUCGGCCGCCCAUGGUACAAAUGCGAGUGGGUCCCCAACAACGGCAACGCCUCCAUCCGAGCCAAGGCCUACAAAAUGCUGCCGGAUUGGGGUUACGGCCGCGUCUACACCGUCGUCGUCGUCAAUUGCACAUUCUCCCAGAACCCUAAUGCCGAUAACAGCGGCGGCAAGCUCAUGCUCUACGCCUACUACGGCGAGUCGCUGCGGCGCUACGAGAAGUUCACCGCGAUGGAGGAGGCGCCCGGAGCCUACGACGAGUCCAAAUUCCGGCCGCCGUAUAAAUACGAGUACCUCUACUGCGGAUCGUCACUCUACGGCAACCUCAGCGCCAGCAGAAUGCGGGAGUGGAUGGCGUACCACGCGUGGUUCUUCGGCGCCAGCUCGCACUUCGUGUUCCACGACGCCGGCGGUGUGUCGGCGGCGGUGAAGACGGUGCUGGAGCCGUGGAUUCGGGCGGGGAGGGUGACGCUGCAGGACAUUAGGGCGCAGGCGGAGUACGACGGCUACUACUACAACCAGUUCCUGGUGGUGAACGACUGCCUCCACCGCCACCGCCACGCCGCCAACUGGACUUUCUACUUCGAUGUGGAUGAGUAUAUCUAUCUCCCCGACGGCGGCAGCUUGGAAUCGGUGUUGAGUGAUUUCUCCAACAAUACACAGUUCACGAUCGAGCAGAAUGCGAUGUCCAGCUCACUCUGCUUGAACGAUCCAUCUCGAGAUUAUUCAAGGGAAUGGGGGUUCGAGAAGCUACUAUUCAGAGACUCGAGAAGUCGAAUACGGCGAGAUCGGAAAUACGCAAUCCAAGCAAGGGACGCCUACGCCACCGGCGUGCACAUGUCGGAGAAUGUGGCCGGCGGAACCCUCCACAAAACUGAGAGCAGAAUCCGGUACUACCACUACCACAACACCAUCACCGUCCACGAGGAGCUCUGCCGCAACCUCCUCCCCGCCUCCGCCGCCAACGCCACCACCUGGCUCGACAAGAUCCCUUACGUAUACGACGAUAACAUGAAAAAACUCGCCCCCACGAUCAAGCAGUUCGAGCGGAAUACCAUCGGCGCCGCCCUGCAACGCCGCCGAUAGUAAAUUAAUUCUUUUUCCGAAACUAUUAAUUUUUCCGUGUAUAAAAGAAAAAGUUAAUUACCAUCUUUUAUGAAUUUUUACUCUUUAUUCUUUAUUCUCUAUUCUCCAAUUCUUGAUCGAUGUUUCGAAAAGGGGAAGGAUUGGCCACCGACACAAUCAUCUGUCUCCACCUCACCAGUCACCCCCACCAAAUUGAUGAUUCUGUUAAAACGCUGAAAUUGGGAGCGACGCGUGGCCUUAUAGCAUAAUAUCAUCUCCUCAAAAUGUAGAAGAAUUAUUGAGUUGUUAUAUAAAUAUAAAUAUAUUGUGGAUUUA